AACCCUUCGCCUCCAAUGGAAACCCUCGGCGUUCUCCUCACCUUCCCUAUGAAUCCAUACCUCGAGGAGGAGCUCGAUCGCCGCUGCAACCUCUUCCGGCUAUGGGAGUCGCCGCCGGAGUCCCGCUGUGAGUUCCUCCGCGCACACGCUGGCUCGAUCCGUGCCGUGGUUGGCAACGCAACCUGCGGCGCUGACGCCGAUACCAUUGAUGCUCUCCCGAAGCUCGAGAUCAUCUCUUCCUUCAGCGUCGGCCUUGACAAGAUCGAUCUUGAGAAGUGCCGCCAGCGCGGCAUCCGGGUCACCAACACUCCCGAUGUUCUCACUGAGGACACUGCCGAUCUUGCGAUUGGGCUGGCGAUUGCCGUGUUGAGGAGGAUCCCGCAAGCCGAUCGGUACGUGAGGAGUGGGUCAUGGAAGUCCAAAGGGGAUUACAAGCUCACCAAUAAGUUCAGUGGUAAGACUGUGGGCAUAAUUGGACUUGGCAGAAUUGGCAUGGCUGUUGCCAAAAGAGCAGAGGCAUUUGACUGCCCGAUCAGUUACCACUCAAGAUCUGAGAAACCUGGUACAAACUACAAGUACUACUCAACUGUUGUCGACUUAGCAGCCAACUGUCAAGUGCUCGUAGUAGCAUGCGCAUUAACGCCUGAAACCCGCCACAUUGUCAACCGUGAAGUUAUGGAUGCGCUCGGCCCAAAGGGUGUGCUGAUCAACAUUGGCCGUGGACCACAUGUGGAUGAGGCCGAGCUUGUUAAAGCACUGGUUGAGGGUCGAUUGGGAGGCGCUGGAAUUGAUGUGUUUGAGCAGGAGCCUCAUGUCCCCGAGGAACUGUUUGAUCUGGAAAAUGUUGUGCUGUUGCCUCACGUUGGCAGUGGCACAGUAGAAACUCGCAAAGCAAUGGCCGAUCUUGUCCUUGGAAACCUAGAGGCGCAUUGUACAAACAAACCACUGUUGACCCCUGUAAUUUAAUCAAAUCUUGUGGCAUUAUCAUUUUCUAUUUGCAUUUAUGCCAAGAAUGCAGCAUUCGGGGGUCACCUGUUCUUCUGUUGGAAGUUGCAGAACUCAGUUUCUAUGAAAUAACAUGUUUCUUGAUGUGUGGGUAUCUUUGUUGAA